UUUCAUUUUACGUGUCCACUUCUCUUACACACAUACACAUUCAGGGGAAGCAAGUUGCUGAAUAUCAUUGCUUCAUUCUGGGUUAAUGGAUGGAUGAACAAAACCUGCAACUUGGGCAGCUGCGAAUUGCCCGAAGGAGAUAGUAGCAUCUACUUCAGUUAUGUUUCUUCCCCUCACUUCUUGUAAUCCCAAUAUGGGGAUUGUGAUUCAGCUCGACCACUGCAGUGGACUCUACCAGCAGCACCCCAGACUCACAAACCCUUUGGUUCGAAGAACUCAAAGGCGUAAGCUUUUGGUCGCACAAGCUGUUCCUUCUAGAACCCAGAGGAUAAUGGAGAGCAUAUCAGUGACUAGUGAAGUUGGUGGUGCUGGUGGAGCUUACUCAUAUAAUGCUCUAAAGAGGUUGGAUCAAAUUUGGUCUAAUAUAUGCUCAACUCAAACAGUGUCUCAAGAACCUCAGAAGGUAGUUGUGCCUAAUCCGGGUUUGUUGAGUAAUUCUGAUCUUGCUGGGAAGGAAGUGGAGAAAUUUGAUGUGGUAGUUUGUGGGGGAACUCUGGGGAUCUUCAUAGCCACGGCAUUGAGUGCUAAAGGUCUUAGAGUUGGCAUUGUGGAAAGAAAUGUGCUACAAGGGAGAGAACAAGAAUGGAAUAUCUCGAGGAAAGAGCUCUUGGAGCUUGUGGAAGUUGGAGUUUUGACAGAUGAGGACAUUGAACAAGCUACAUCUUCAAAAUUUAAUCCUAACAGAUGUGGAUUUGAGGAUAAGGGUGAAAUAUGGGUUCAAGACAUUCUUAACCUCGGCGUUUCACCUGCAAAACUCAUUGACAUAGUGAAGAGCCGUUUUAACUCACUUGGUGGAGUCAUCUUUGAAAGCUGCGCAGUUUCAAGCAUACGAGUAUAUGAAGAUAUAGCAACUUUGCAGCUUGCAGGGGGUAAAAUCUUGUCAUGCCAACUCGUACUUGAUGCAAUGGGGAACUUUUCACCUGUGGUUAAACAGAUAAGAAGUGGAAGGAAGCCUGAUGGUGUCUGUCUUGUUGUUGGAACUUGUGCUCAUGGGUUUAGAGAAAAUUCCUCGAGCGAUGUUAUCUAUAGCAGCUCAUCUGUUGAAAAGAUAGGAGAUUCAGAAGUUCAACUAUUUUGGGAGGCAUUUCCAGCAGGUUCUGGUCCUUUGGACCGUACCACAUACAUGUUCACUUAUGUUCAACCACGACCAGGAUCACCAAAACUAGAGGAACUGUUAGAAAGUUACUGGGACUUGAUGCCAAAAUAUCAGGUGCAUUGUUAUCUGUUAUGCUCUUCAUAUCAUGUCGAACAUUUACUUGCUAAAUUCUCUUGCCAAAACUAUUAAGAGAAAAAUUGUCCAUACUUGGAACUUCAAGAAGCCAUUACAGUUCCGUUCCUCUCUUUUGUUUGUGCGUGUGGAAGAAGUAUGUGGCCAUGCAAUCAUUUGAGAUUGUGUUAGCUCUUCUAGUUUUGUCUGAUUCUCCUAGAUCGAUGGGCAACGCUGUGCAGGGAAUUUCCUUGGAAAACGUAGAGAUUCAAAGAGUCAUAUAUGGCAUCUUUCCUACAUACCGAGAUAGUCCACUACCAGCUGCAUUUGACCGCAUCCUACAGUUUGGAGAUGCUAGCGGCAUACAGUCACCUGUUUCGUUCGGUGGUUUUGGAAGCUUAACAAGGCACCUUGGAAGACUUUCAUCUGGAAUAUAUGAAGCAAUCAAUGGAGGCUUCCUUGAUGCAGAGAGCUUGUCGCUGCUAAAUCCUUACAUGCCAAAUUUAAGUGCUUCAUGGCUAUUCCAAAGAGCAAUGUCAGCCAAGCAAAACUCAAAUGUUUAUCCAGAAUUUGUCAACGACCUUCUUCAUGUUAAUUUCCAAAGCAUGCAGAAGCUUGGAGAUCCAGUUCUAAGACCAUUUCUUCAGGACGUUAUACAGUUUGGCGCUCUUACUAAGACAUUAGGGCUUGUUAUGUUAAACAAACCUCAAAUCAUCCCAUCAAUAUUCAAACAGGUUGGAGUGCCUGUGCUUCUGGAUUGGUCAGGCCAUUUUAUCGUGCUUGGUCUUUACACUUUCCUCUCCACCUUUGCUGACCCUGCUAUAAGGCCAUUAUUGGACUCGUCUUCAUCCAAGACCAAGUACGUAUGGAACCGGCGCCUGGAUGCUUGGAAAUAUGGUUCUGGUUUAGAUUACAAGCUUUGAGUUGUCAGAAGAGCCAUGCAUAGCACUGGACAACCAUGUAAAACCUUACAUAACCAGAAGAGCCUAUUUCUAACUCGUUGGAGAAACAGAUUGUUCUUGCAGAACUCUGGAUGACGGUGAUUUAAUCUUUUACCUUUCUUGUGUACAAUGAAAAAUACAAGUGAUAGAAUGCGUAGAGGGUGUUCUCCCUUAAAGAAUCCUGGAAGUAGUGUCGUCCUCGUGUGUGACAAUCAAAAUAGUUAAAAAUCAAAAUCAUAUUUUAACUCGUAACAUUACGAGGGUUAUUGUCAAGAACCAGUUGCUCCCAAUAAUUCGAGUUGUU